UUCAUGCAGUUCCAUGAGUGUCCAUGAGUGACGAACUUGUAUAAGUUGAGACGAGUCAAAUAAAAAUUAUUUAGUUAUACGAUGAAUUAAAAAUAUUUUUCGAUAUUAAAUUAUUUUUCGUGACUUUAAAUUGGAUUUCUCUAAAUAUAUAACCAAAAAAAAGUGUUGUGACAGUGGAUUUAUUUUGACGCUUGUGAUAAAGGUAUUAUUUUUUUAUCGACAAAUUAUUUAUUUGUCACGAGAUACCUCGAAACUUGUAUGCCUUAUAAAUGAUCUACUAAAAGGCAAUCCAAAAGUUAGAGUGCUGUGGGAUACUGCGUAAAUUAACUCGAAUUUUCAAUUGAAUGGUGUGUUCCUUGUAAAAUAUCAUGCCUCUGUUUGGGAAGUCACAAAAAAGUCCUGCGGAGGUUGUAAAAGCUCUGAAGGAGGCGGUAAAUGCACUCGAGCGUGGUGACAAGAAGGUAGAAAAGGCACAAGAAGAUGUAAGCAAGAAUUUAGUUCAUAUUAAGAAUAUGCUAUAUGGCACUGCUGAAACAGAGCCACAAGCUGAUAUUGUUGUAGCUCAGCUCGCACAGGAAUUGUACAAUAGUAAUUUAUUGCUCUUGCUGGUACAAAAUUUGAGUCGUAUUGACUUUGAGGGCAAAAAGGAUGUUGCGCAGGUUUUCAAUAACAUUCUUCGUAGACAAAUUGGCACAAGAUCUCCAACAGUAGAAUAUAUUUGUACAAAGCCUGAAAUUUUGUUUACACUCAUGUCUGGAUAUGAGCAUCAAGAUAUUGCAUUAAAUUGUGGAACAAUGUUAAGAGAAUGUGCGAGAUAUGAAGCUUUGGCUAAAAUCAUGAUAUAUUCAGAUGACUUUUAUAAUUUCUUCAGAUAUGUUGAAGUCUCUACAUUCGAUAUUGCAUCAGAUGCCUUUUCUACCUUUAAAGAAUUGCUCACGAGGCACAAGAUCCUAAGUGCUGAAUUUUUAGAGGUUAAUUACGACAAAGUCUUUUCUCAUUAUCAAAGGUUAUUAAACUCAGAAAACUAUGUAACUCGCCGGCAGAGUUUAAAACUAUUGGGUGAAUUGUUACUGGAUAGACAUAAUUUUACGGUCAUGACUCGGUAUAUAUCGAAUCCCGAUAACUUGAAGCUCAUGAUGAAUAUGCUUAAAGAGAAAUCACGUAAUAUACAAUUUGAGGCCUUCCAUGUAUUCAAGGUAUUUGUUGCUAAUCCAAAUAAACCAAAACCAAUAUUGGACAUUUUGCUUCGUAAUCAAGAGAAAUUAAUUGAAUUUUUGACGCGCUUCCAUACAGAUCGAUCAGAAGAUGAACAAUUUAAUGAUGAAAAAGCAUAUCUGAUUAAGCAGAUUAAAGAAUUGAAAUCGGUUCAUGAAAAUUAAACUGUUAUUUUUGUUUUUUAUUAUUAAUUAUUAUUGUAAUGAAUAUUAAUUAUUAAUUUUAUUAUUAUUAAUAUUUUAGUUUUUUCUUUAUGCUAGUAGUUGUGUAAAUAGACUUGAAACUCAUGAUUUGUUGUAUCAUACAGACUUGAAAUAAGUAUAAAUCAAUAGUUAAAGGGAAAAAAAUUUACUUGAAAAAUAAAAUUGAUUGUUCGAAUAGCCCAGUAUGGCAGUUACAAAAAUAAAUCUUGUGCCUAUUCAUAUCUUUUUUCUCAGAAUAAUAAUUACAACAAACAUAGCGGUUAUAUAUCGUGGAUUGUUGUAUUUUGUGAUACAAAGAAUAAAAUGGCUAAUCUUUAAGAGCAUUUUAAAGGCCAAAAAUUAUCAGUAUGGGCCACAAUUAAUUUGUUUUUUAUCUAAUAUUUGCGGUUAUCUGCUUGUAAUUCUGCAGCAUUAAAUGAAAAGUGAUAAUUUAGC